CAAAUGGAGUCAAGAUAGUUGGACAUGACUGUAAACGAAUGAACAGCAAGAAUUUAAUUCUAAAUCUCUUUGAACCUAGGUUUUCCUAACUCCAAGCCCUGUCCCCUGUUCACAGUUGCCUCCAAUUAGGUAAAUGCUUGUUAAUUGAAUGAUUGGUCCCAGAGGGCAGAACUACAAACAGCUGGAGAGAGAUAGAUCUCAGUUCCUUAUAAAACAAGGGUUCCUCCUCGCUGAAAAGUAUUGGAGCAAUAGCUAGAUGUUCCCUUGUCAAGGAUGGUGGAGAAGGGAUUCUUAUUCAAGUACAGGUCCGAAUCACCAUUCCAGCCCAAUUUGGAAUCCUGAUUCUUCCACCCGGCGCACCAGCUACUGCAACCUACCUCCAGUCGUCUGAGUCAUUGUGCAGCAUGGAGGCCAUUGCAAAGUUUGACUUCAACGCCUCCGGAGAGGACGAGCUGAGUUUUCUCACGGGAGAUGUCCUGAAGAUUCUCAGCAGCCAAGAUGAAUGGUUCAAAGCUGAGCUGAGGAGCCAAGAGGGCUAUGUACCCAAAAAUUUCAUAGACAUUCGCUUCCCGAGUUGGUUUCACGAGAACAUCUCCCGGCACGAAGCAGAGAACCUGCUCAUGGGCAAGGACGUGGGCUUCUUCAUCAUCCGAGCCAGCCAGAGCUCACCUGGGGACUUCUCCAUCUCUGUCAGACAUGAAGAAGAUGUCCAGCACUUCAAGGUCAUGAGAGAUACGAAGGGUAACUACUUCCUGUGGACAGAGAAGUUUCAGUCCCUGAACCAGCUGGUGAAUUUCUACCGGACCUCAUCCAUCUCGAAGCAGAAGCAAAUCUACCUGAGGGAUGGGAGCCGGGAAGACCAGAACUGCUGGGGUGGGAGCCUAGAACGGCGGCUCCAGGAAGGGCUCCACGUUGGCGGAGAAGAGCCUCGUCCUUCAACGAAUAGGAAGCUGCCUGACCACCCCCCAGCUCUGCAAUCACAUUAUCAGGCGCAGCAGCCGCCGCCCCAGCAGCAGCAGCGGUUCCAGCAUCAUCAGCUUCAGCCGGACCGGCGAGGAGGCAGUUUUGACAUCAGUGAUGGGCGCCGGAUGAACCCUGAGAUGAGCCCCGCCCUCAUGCAUCGGAGACACACAGACCCAGAACAGCUGCAAUUGGUUGGGAGAGUUCGCUGGGCCCGGGCCCUGUAUGACUUUAAAGCGGAGGAGGAGGAUGAGCUGGGCUUCUGCACGGGAGAGCUGGUGGAGGUCCUGGACAGCUCCAACCCGUCCUGGUGGACCGGCAGACUGCACAACCAGCUGGGCCUGUUCCCAGCCAACUAUGUGAGCCCUCUCCCCCGCUGAGCCAGGGGCCAGGCCCAGCCACGGGGAGGGGGGAAGGGGAGCGGGGUCUCUUACAAAGGCACGAGAUACGAACUUUUAUUUCUGUAACUUAUUGGUGAGGGGUGAUAGGUUAGUUAGCUUAAAAGGCACCCAGGUAGGGGGCUCUUCGGGUCCCAUUCCCCUUCUCCUUGAAGAAGGGGGCGGGCAGUGCCCUCCCUGAAGUGCCCUUCUUUCUCUUCCACCUGGUCCUGGGCUGUCUCUGAGAAUGGGAAGCGGAAGCCUCCUCCCCACAAAGGAGGGGAGAUCCACAGGUGCAGGGUGGGCUUCAGCCUCCCUGCUCCACCCCAACUCUGCCCGCUGAGCCCCCGAGUCCCUGCCCCCUGGCAGGUGCCGCCUCUGCAGGGAGAGGGGUCUCUGGGUCCAGACCGUGUAGGGCAGCAACACAGGAGGCAGACAGAGAGAGAAAGUCGGGGUGGAGGGGAUGGAGCGCGGGACUGGGACGCAAAAAGGCCCUUGAACUGAUGGGCCGGGAAAGCCGACAGGCUUCUCAGAACUAUGGUUUUAAAUGCAUAUAAUAAAGUACAGAGGAUUACAAAGGAAAAAAUUUUAUAUAUAUAUAUAAUAUACAUUUAUUUUUAAAGUCGGAGGUCCCAGGAUGAGAAGCCCUACUCUGAUCCAAUCCCUCAUCCUAGAGAUGCAAAAAUUGAACCCCAGGGAAAUCACACACUUUAUAAACACCAGAGGCAGAAUUUGAACUCAGAUCUUCUAAUAUUCUCACCAGUGUACCACACUGCCUCCCAUAUAGAGAGAAGGAAGAAGAACAAGAAUCCUAGACAUUGUCAUGCACAUCUUGGGCUUCCCAGGCUACCUUCUCCGGCCAACCUGGAGCUGAGAUCAGUCAUCAGGAUGGCUCAGCACGCAUUUGCUGGUCUAUUCUUGAAGCUAGUUCCUAUGUCCCCAUUGCACAGACGUAGAGACUGAGUGAGACGCGGUGGCCAAGUCUCAAGAGACCGAAGGGCUUUUCACAACCCACUUGAACGAGAGCCUCUUUUCUUUAAAAGAAGGAGGAAGGAGGACUUUGCAAAGUGCCCUGAGCUCCAGGAACCGCACUGAGAGUGGCCAUCAUGUGCACAACUUCCAAGCCCUCCCUGCUCGCUUCUCUGUGACACCAGAGGAAGACCUGGCUUCCCAUGUGAAUCCCCUGAGGCCCCUGGGGUGGGGGCUGGGUAUCGGAGGCAACCCAGAUCCAUCGGACACCAGCUGGCCUCACUUUGGAGAGAGAAAUCGGGGGGACGCCAGUGACCCCCAAGAGUGGCCUUGGAGACCAGCUCGGGGGGAUGGGGGCCCAAGGACCAGGGCUGGUGCCAGUGGCAGGGAGGAGGGCCGCCAGAGACUCCUCUGGGCGGGGCACCGUGCCCAGCCAACAGGUCCUCAUUAAGGGCCCUAGCAGAACGUGCAUCCUGCCCGCCAUGGGCCUUCAAAGAAAAAGGGAGAAGCAGAAUGGGACCAGCAGUGGGUCUGCAGGAAAGGCGAGAAAAUAGCCAGGGAAUGGCAGGGGGCAGGGGAGGAGGAGUGAUGAGUGCUCAGCAGCCCUGGGAAAGGGAAGCAAUGAAAGGAGAAAGCAGGAGGGGACCGACUUCAAAAGAGCAGGGCACAGUCUGAGAGGCUCAAAGAGAGGCAAAGAGGGAGAGGUUAAGUGGGAUCAGCCAAGGAGAAAUGGAUUUAAUGAGGGAGUCAGGAGGGAGUGAAUGAGGGGAAAAGAGAGGGAGUUGGGAGGGGAGAAAGAGAGAGAGGG